AUGGCCAUUCCGACGCGCCGGACGUCAGCCCGUCUGUCGGGGGGAUCAGUCAACGAUGAUCAGGGUACACCGCUAGCAGUAGAGCUACUGGGUAAUAUCACUCGCAAGAAGAGGAACUCGGCGAACGGGACCAUCUUGGGAAAUGAUGCAGCAGUGUCGGAAAAGCAAGACGCGAACGAUGGAACGCGGAAACGUCAAAGGACGGCAGAUAAGCCGGUUGGAACGCGGAAGACCAAAACAACCAUGCCCUUCAAACCCGUUCCGGUAUCUUCACUCGAAACUGCCGAGGAAGAAAUAAUUUCCAAUGGACGACCACCCGCACCGCCUCAAUCAACGAGACGCAUAGCUCGACAGCGACCGUCCGCGAGCCGGAUGGACGAAAGCCCCCCUUCCCCUCCUGCAGUCCCUAUUACCUCGACGACAACAAGUCAACCGAGAAGAGGUGCAGCCUCAUCUGCCGUGCAGUCCGAUGUGACCAAGACGAACAAGGGCAAAUUAGCGGUCAAGCCUGCUAACGGGAACACGAUUGCAUCGGCCUCGGCGGAACAGUCGGAUUCGGAAGGGUUGGGUGCCAAAGGUUCGAUAGAAACCGAGGUGGCUGCUCAGCGGAAAGAGUGGGAAGAUGAGGCCGAUCGGAUACGAUCGACAGUCGGACAUUCGACCGGUCUAGUAUUUAACCCAUCUGAAGAACUAGAACCUACUGGAGCUCGACCAAUCUCGCCGCCAAGGGCCGCCCCGAAUGCUUCACACUUUCAAACACCACGGGCGAGUCGUCGUACAAAAAUCAUCACCAUCGAUACGGUCGAGCCCAUAGCGCUCAGCGAGACGCCCAUGCAGAGGAAGAAUAUAGCACUUAGGGAGCGUGCUUCUUCCAGACGGGGUUCAAGGAUGAGUGACGCUCAUAAGGACGAUGCCACAAGCUCUGAACCCCAUGCUGGUGUCAAUCCCGAAGAAUACCACUCGCACAUCUCGCAAACUCUUACGCAGCCCGUCCGCGCCCGGUACCUGUUGAUGUGGUGUCUCAAGCGAGCCAUGGCGGACGAGACAGAGCCACCGAAAAAGCGUGGAAAAGAGGGCAAGUCGUCCAAAAAAGAAACGGACAGGUCAUCAAAGCCACAACCAAGUAUAGAAAUGACGGCCGAGGGGGACGAAAUGGUAGCCUUGAUCAUGCAAGACAUAUUCCGUGCCCAAACCAAGGGUGAGCUUGAGGCAAAUAUCUUCGCUUCGACGGUUACCCCGGAAGACAACGCAUCUAUUGUCAAAUUGUCACCCAACCCUCGAAAUGUCAAGAAUCGCCAAACCGAGGUUCUAUUCAACAGAGACAUCGCUAGGGACAAGGCGGAAGAAGCUCAAUGGGUUUCCAUCUUCGGUCGAGUGAAUGAACAUCGGCACCAGGUACUACAAGAGCAAAAGGAUCUAGUGACGAAACAAGCACACCCCGAAUCACAAGGGACGGACGAUAUACCAUCCUUUACGGGUAGAGAACCCGGAAUCGAGCGUCUCCACACCUGGGCAGAAAUGGCUCAAGAGGUCUUGUCUGGUGGGGACGAUAUCGAGGCUAUGCCAUUGGACGACGUUGAAUAUCACGUGGACGUACUGCAUCAAGCGUCACACGCCGCACUGCAAUACUCGGCGACAGCGAAACGCUUCCUGGACGGCAUCUUUGCCUCUCUUGCACAGGACGUGCGGAAUCGAGAUCAGUCGGGCGCACGAACGACCCUGGAUUCCCAUGGUGCGGAUCGCGAGGUUGGUGCGCCGCCCUCUAUCGCCGGGUUCCUCAAGAGCACCCAGGCGGAAUCGUCUUCACAUACAUCGUCCGGCCUGGACAUCUUGAAAUCGCUGUCUGCCAACGACGAUCCCUCAAAAGGCGCAGAAAUGAUGAGGUUGUUGGACAGCCUACCUCCUGUCCCGCCGAGCGUAAGGCGACCGGCCAACCCCGGUUCGACAAGAGCGGGUUCGAAUCCGACAUCAUCAGCGUCGGGCUCAAUGACGCCUCGUCGGCCAGGCUCUGGAAUGGGUAUAACGCCACGCAAGAUUGGCAGGUUGGGUUCUUCUACACCUCGACGGGAACGUGCAGUAUCUCGGGGACCUUCUCCCUCGUCCGCAACGUGA